AUGGCCCCAAUACCUUCUGCGAGACACAGUGAAGGCAGCGUUGAGGUUUCUGCCUUCGGGGAGGGAGAUGCUGCUUGGCUUGUGCGCCAAUUUGGUCGUUUCAGGCCGCUGUUGGAGCCCGAGGCGGGCCGAAGCAGCAACUUGCGUCUGACUCUGCCGGUGGAGUUGGGGGUUAACCUAGCAGCAGCCAACUACAAUGUUUCUUGCUUUCGAGGUGCGGACAGAGCCCGCCGCCUGCUGCAGUGGUCAAAUAGACAGCACAAAGAACGCCUGCAUCAACUGCAGCGGCUUGCAGACGCUCACUCGCGACGGCUCCAGUUUGGCACUAGAAGACAAAGGCGGAAGCGAACGAAAGGCUGCGAAUUAGGGGAGGAUAGCAGCAGCAGCAGCAGCAGCAGCGGGGAAGAAGGAGCAGAGGAAGAGGAGGGUGGAUGCGUGCCAACUGUAGACCAGAAAGGGUACCAGAGAAGUGCCUUUAACCCAGAGACAGCCGCAGCUGUUUCGCCUCUUGAAAAUCCGCGACUCAUGGAGGAUGAGGAUAAUCCGGUGCUUCUGGCCGCCUACGAUUUGUUGUUUUGUUCGAGCGUACCUGCACCCAGCUCGCCUGUUAGUCUGCCCGCUUGUCUGCUUAGCUUCAUCAGCAAGAUCAAGCAGCAGAAAUCUCCCGCCAAGGAAGGACAAAGCCUCAAGAAGGGGGCUCAAGCAGACACGCAUACAGGACACGCGACGCACGCAGAGCGAGGCAGCACGAGUAGCAGCGACCCCACCCAGGAGAAACAUCCCGAUAUUGCUCCGUUGGAAGUAUUUGGAGACCCAGGGCUACAUCCGAUACGACAGCUGCAAGAAGGCGUUUUGAAUCUGCCCGAGCAAAACGGCCUAACGAAGGAGUGCCUAAUGAAGGAACAAUUGCAACUGUUGGGGGUGCGAUGGAGGUGCCUUCUGAUGAGCGGUUGGAACAUCCUGGUUGCGGGAUGCGGCAGCAAAGGGCGUUUGUUGCGCGAGUUCGCCAGCUCGCACCUGAGGGACGGCUUUUGCUUCGUUCUUAAUGCCUAUCAACGCGAGUUUAAACUCCACCAGGCUCUACAAGCAGCUGGGCAGGUUAUCCGCGGCCACCUUCGCACGCAGACGAAAUACACAGCAGCAGCAGCAGCUACCAUUGCUGCUUCGCAGCCUGCAGGAGGGAGCAGCUCCUGCUGCGAGAGGCUUGUUAAGGAGCUUAAGUCGUUGCUGAGGCUGUCUUCUUUCCCUCUAUAUCUCGUCGUUAUUGGCUUCGAAAGUUCGGCGCUUACGGAUACUCGUCGGCACCUCGCGACACUCGCGUCUUGUGAUAAGGCAAUUCUUUUGGAUGCGGCGGAGCUGCGCGAUUUUCGCUUUGUGUUUGAGACAGCCCAUACACGGCGUGAUUACAGGGAGGAGGUACUCAGCCAGUGGGGCUCCAUGUGUGGCUUUGUCCCGGGAUGGUUGUGGGCAGCCAGCCGCGUCCAGGGCGUUGGAAGCAGCUGUAAUAGCGUCAACUUUGAAGUUGUGAUGCGCGGCUUAACGACGAACCACAAGCGGCUCCUCAAAUGCAUCGCGGAGUUGCAGCUGGCUCAGAUCGGGAGAAAUGAGUCGCCAAUAGUCAGUCUCGCCGACCUCGGGAAGGAGGCAAGUGGCAGUUCUCUUUCUUUAAGCAAACUGAAGCUGAAGGAGCUUCUUGUGGAAGUCACCAGCCAUGGGGCAGCAGUACAAGCAAGGAAGAAUGGCCAGGAUGCUGUUGCUAUCCGCGCGAAUAAAACACAACUCCAAGAGCUCCUGCAGCUUCUAGACAAGGCCGGCUUAUGA